AGCAGCAAGAACAACAACAACAACAGCAGCAACAACAACAACAACAACAACAACAACAGCAGCAACAACAACAACAACAACUACAACAACAGCAGCAACAACAACAACAAGCUACAACAGCAGCAGCAACAACAACAACAACAGCAGCAACAACAACAACAACAACUACAACAACAGCAGCAACAACAACAACAACAACUACAACAACAGCAGCAACAACAACAACAACAGCUACAACAGCAGCAGCAACAACAACAACAACAGCAGCAACAACAACAACAACAACUACAACAACAGCAGCAACAACAACAACAACAACUACAACAACAGCAGCAACAACAACAACAACAACUACAACAACAGCAGCAACAACAACAACAA